UUCCCACUUUGCUCUUGCUAACUUCACGUUACAAGAGCAUCGCCUCGGAUUGACAUGUUGACGAAUGAUGGAAGCCGACCACGUUUCAGUGUGGUGAUUAGCACGUGUCUCCAUCAGUGUUCGAGUGGAUAACUUGAAAUGAACGAGUAAUGACGGAAAGAAGUGAACUGCAACACUGGCAUUGGAAAAAUUGCAACAAAUGAACCAUGUACAAGAAGAAAUGUAAGCAUUCUUGUUGCUAUUAUUCUUUCUAAACUAAGCGUGCUAGCGGUUCAGUAUGUCAUUAUUGCAUACUACUCUUGGAUCAAAUGAAUGGCGCUCUGAUAGAAUGCUCCGAUCGCACAGAUUACUCAAGUGCCUAGCGCAGUGUCACGUUGUACUUGGUCUGAUAAUUUUUAUAUUGGCUGCAUUAGCAGAUUAUAUGAGUUCACGAAUUCACACAAUUCGAAUGGUUGGUCUCGAGGAAUGCUGCUCGUUUUACUUCAUCUUGACGGGUAUCAUUGGAAUUUGUGGUUCGGCCAGUCAUCGUCGCGGUCUAAUACUGGCAUUCAUGGUAAUGAAUCUUCAUGCGAUUCUCAUUUUCGUGCCAGCAAUUGUAAUUGUUUCUAGCUUCGAUAUACAUUUUUAUCAGGCUGAGUGUUUCGGCGAGUGUGAUUGGCAUUUGUUAGCGACAAGUAUACCAGAAAAUAGUCGAUGCCAGAUCCUUUGUGGUGAAAAUAUUGACGACAACAAGAGAAGUUUGAUGACACGAUUGGGGACUGAGUAUCGUUUGGAUGCUGGUAUUAUCGCAGCAACUAUCUUGCAGAUGGUACUCUCCCUUUUUUCUGCAUCACUUUGCUGUCGGGAAAUAUGUAUCGAGUGUCGGCCGAUUAUGUGGAAUGUUGGUAAUCAGCAGCUGAAUAUGAUGACGCCGCUAAAUCUGCAGGAUGGUGCAUCAUAUUGAAAACAAAAUCUGUUUCCUGUUAUUGUAGGUGUUAUUGAAGAAGGUGCUACUGAAGAGUAUGUUUCGCCAAACUUAUCAUGUACAAGUUUCAAUGGUCAUUUUGAUGGUUUUUGUACCGUUUCACAUUUAGAAAAUAGAGAGGAAGUAUAAAACCCAUGUUUUUUGUGCAUUAGAAGAGCAGCGGGAAGGUUCAGGAGAUUUAGAUGCUGGAAAAAGAUGAAUGGAGUUGUUUUCUAUUUAAUUCAGUAAACCAAUAUUUGGCACUUCCUUCCUUUAGCUUGCAAAUAGAUCUAUGCUUUUUGGUUUUCAAAACAUCAUUUUGUGAAUUACAUUUUUUGGUGGGCCGCAUCGCCAAUUAUGCUGUACUGUCGUUACGUCAUUACCGUGUAAAUGUAGGUUCCAAAAACACUUUGAAAGAUC